AUGUCGGCCAACGACGUAACUCCCGGUAAAUCGCGCCGACUAUUUUUAACGGACGAAUCUUCGAAAAUAAGGUUCCUUGUCGACACAGGUGCUGAUCUGUGCGUCUUUCCGCGUGUGCAACUUCCUCAACCUCGUGAGAAAUCAACCUACGAACUUUACGCGGCUAACGGGACACUCAUCGCGACUUACGGAACGCAAAUUUUGAAUUUAAAUUUUGGUUUGCGUCGCCAAUUCACGUGGAGAUUCGUCGUCGCUGACGUAGAGAAACCCAUCAUCGGCGCUGACUUCCUGGCACACUACAAACUCCUGGUGGACCUACAGAACCAACGGCUUCACGACCAAGUGACUCAUCUUACCUCCCAGGGCGAGGUGGUUGAGUGCGAGAUUUCCAGCAUCAAGACUGUCACUGGUUCUUCUCGAUUCCACGAGCUUCUGCAGCGGUUUCCCGAAAUAACUCGCCCGGAUGGUACAACCAGGUCUGUUCCACACUCAACAAGGCAUCACAUACUGACAACUCCUGGACCACCAGUGGCGCAGAAACCACGGCGUUUGGCACCGGACAGAUUGCAAAUUGCAAAAUCCAAUUUUGCAACAUUUGUCAAAUUGGGAAUUGCUUAA